AUGCUACUCUCCUGCUGUUCUUCCUCUUCCACAGUGUUAGUGUUGCUCUCUGUGGUGUUGGUGAGUUUGUUCUUUAGCCAAGGCGAGACAUUCGAGAACCAGAGGCUCUUCAACAACGCCGUCAUCCGUGUGCAACACCUUCAUCAGCUGGCUGCCAAGAUGAUGGAUGACUUUGAGGAAGCUCUGUUACCUGAAGAACGCAAACAGCUCAGCAAGAUCUUCCCCCUGAGUUUCUGCAACUCGGACUCCAUCGAAGCUCCGGCAGGCAAAGACGAGACCCAGAAAAGCUCUGUGCUGAAGCUACUGCACACUUCCUACCGUCUGAUCGAGUCAUGGGAGUUCCCCAGCAAGAACCUCGGCAACCCUAACCAUAUCUCUGAGAAGCUGGCUGACCUGAAGAUGGGCAUCGGCGUGCUUAUCGAGGGAUGCCUGGACGGACAGACCAGCAUGGACGAGAACGACGCUCUGGCUCCGCCAUUUGAGGAUUUCUACCAGACCUUGAGCGAGGGAAACCUGAGGAAGAGCUUCCGUCUGCUGUCCUGCUUCAAGAAGGACAUGCACAAAGUGGAGACCUAUCUAAGCGUGGCCAAGUGCAGGAGAUCCCUGGAUUCCAACUGCACUUUGUAG